GUUGCCGGGUAACGGAGCGGAGCGGCUCCCGGCGCGCCGCCUCCCGCCCUCCGCCGAGUGGCGCUGGGGCCGCUGCCGCCGCUUUACGUAAGGCGCAGGCCAGGGCCGCCCGGCGCUCCGCAGCCGCCCGCAGCCCCUCGGAGCCAGAGGAGAGGCGCCCCCGCCGGCCGCCGCGCCGCCCGGCAGCCUCGGCAGGUUCUGCCGGAGACUUCCAUUUGGCCUCAAUGUGAAAUUAAAGUAGAAAAUCCCAUCUACAUGUCUGUUGCUAUCAGGAUGUUGAUUGAUUGGUCAUGCCUGAAGAGGGAAAGUCUGUUUUAGGUGGCUGACUACCAGCAAAAAUAAAUGCUUCUCCUACAUGUCAAGCAUCUCUCCUUUUUACUGGAGUGAAAAUCCCCUCCAGAUACCAACAGAAUAUCAACUGCAGAAAAUGCUUCACAUUUUAAGGAUGUCGGCAACCUAAAUUCAUCUACCCUAUCUGUACAGUUGUUGUGGAUGGUUUGUCAUCUGAAAGCUCCUCAAGUUCUUAUCCAGGCCCUGUGUCUGUUUCUGAAAUGUCUCUGCUUCAUGCUUUGGGUCCAGUGCAGACCUGGCUGGGACAAGAGCUCGAGAAAUGUGGCAUUGAUGCCAUGAUUUACACUCGGUAUGUCCUCAGUCUUCUGCUGCAUGACAGCUAUGACUACGACCUGCAGGAACAGGAGAAUGACAUCUUCCUGGGCUGGGAAAAAGGAGCUUAUAAGAAAUGGGGAAAGAGUAAGAAAAAAUGUUCAGAUCUAACUCUAGAAGAAAUGAAAAAACAGGCUGCUGUCCAGUGUCUUCGAUCUGCUUCUGAUGAAAGCUCUGGUAUCGAGACUUUAGUGGAGGAGCUUUGCUCCAGACUGAAAGACCUUCAGAGUAAGCAAGAAGAGAAGACUCACAAAAAGUUAGAGGGGUCUCCCUCUCCAGAGGCAGAAUUAUCCCCUCCAGCAAAGGAUCAAGUGGAAAUGUACUAUGAAGCAUUUCCACCACUUUCUGAGAAACCAGUUUGCCUGCAAGAAAUCAUGACUGUGUGGAACAAGUCUAAAGUCUGUUCUUACUCUAGCUCUUCAUCAUCAUCCACAGCCCCACCAGCUAGCACAGACACUUCCUCUCCUAAGGACUGCAACAGUGAAAGUGAAGUCACCAAGGAAAGAAGCAGUGAAGUACCCACCACUGUGCAUGAGAAAACCCAGGGCAAAAGCAAAAAUGAGAAAGAAAACAAAUUUAGUAAUGGCACAAUUGAAGAAAAGCCUGCUUUGUACAAGAAGCAGAUCCGACAUAAACCUGAAGGAAAGAUUCGCCCUCGCUCAUGGUCUUCUGGCUCCAGUGAAGCAGGCUCAAGUUCCAGUGGGAAUCAGGGAGAAUUAAAAGCAUCCAUGAAGUAUGUUAAAGUAAGACACAAGGCACGAGAGAUUCGAAACAAAAAAGGGCGGAACGGGCAAAGCAGGCUUUCGCUGAAGCAUGGUGAAAAGGCUGAAAGAAACGUUCAUGCUGGAAGCAGUAGCAGUAGCAGCAGUGGUUCUGUCAAACAGCUGUGCAAGCGGGGUAAGAGACCUUUAAAAGAAAUAGGGAGAAAAGAUCCUGGGAGCACUGAAGGGAAAGACCUAUACAUGGAGAACAGAAAUGACACAGAAUACAAAGAGGAACCCUUGUGGUACACCGAGCCCAUUGCUGAAUAUUUUGUUCCUCUGAGCAGAAAAAGUAAACUAGAGACCACAUACCGAAACAGACAAGAUGCAAGUGAUCUGACAUCAGAGGCAGUGGAAGAAUUGUCUGAAUCAGUACAUGGUCUUUGUAUCAGCAACAAUAAUCUUCAUAAAACAUACCUCGCAGCAGGUACUUUCAUUGAUGGUCAUUUUGUAGAAAUGCCUGCAGUUAUGAAUGAGGAUAUUGACCUCACUGGGACCUCAUUAUGUUCUCUACCAGAGGACAAUAAAUACCUGGAUGAUAUUCAUCUAUCAGAAUUAACACACUUCUAUGAAGUGGAUAUUGAUCAAUCCAUGUUGGAUCCUGGUGCCUCAGAAACAAUGCAAGGAGAAAGUCGGAUUUUGAAUAUGAUUCGACAAAAAAGCAAAGAGAACACAGAUUUUGAGGCAGAAUGUUGCAUAGUGUUAGAUGGUAUGGAGUUGCAAGGGGAACGUGCAAUAUGGACAGAUUCUACCAGCUCCGUGGGUGCUGAGGGCUUAUUCCUGCAGGACCUUGGCAAUCUGGCUCAGUUUUGGGAGUGCUGUUCAUCCAGUUCCGGUGAUGCUGAUGGGGAGAGUUUUGGAGGAGACUCUCCAGUUAGACUCUCUCCCAUCUUAGACAGCACAGUGCUCAAUUCACACCUGCUUGCUGGCAAUCAAGAGCUCUUUUCAGAUAUUAAUGAAGGAUCUGGUAUAAACUCUUGUUUUUCAGUGUUUGAAGUGCAAUGCAGUAAUUCUGUUUUACCAUUUUCUUUUGAAACACUCAACUUGGGAAAUGAAAAUACAGAUUCUAGUGCUAAUAUGCUUGGGAAAACACAGUCUAGAUUGCUAAUAUGGACCAAAAAUAGUGCCUUUGAAGAAAAUGAACACUGUUCUAAUCUUUCAACAAGAACUUGUAGUCCAUGGUCCCAUUCAGAAGAAACACGUUCAGACAAUGAAACAUUAAAUAUUCAAUUUGAAGAAUCCACACAAUUUAAUGCCGAAGAUAUUAAUUAUGUAGUUCCUAGAGUCUCGUCAAAUUAUGUAGAUGAAGAACUUCUAGAUUUUUUGCAAGAUGAAACUUGCCAGCAAAACAAUAGAACUUUAGGUGAAAUUCCUACGUUAGUCUUCAAAAAAACAUCUAAACUAGAAUCUGUCUGUGGUAUUCAGCUAGAACAAAAAACAGAAAACAAAAACUUUGAAACUACGCAAGUACGUAAUGAAAAUCCACAUGGAGAUGGCUACAGCUCAGGGGUUAUUAAAGACAUUUGGACAAAGAUGGCAGACACAAAUUCUGUGGCUACAGUAGAAAUAGAAAGAACUGAUGCCGAGUUGUUUUCGGCAGAUGUAAAUAACUACUGCUGCUGUCUAGAUGCUGAAGCUGAACUGGAGACCCUUCAGGAGCCUGAUAAGGUUGUGCGAAGGUCAGAGUACCAUCUGUGGGAGGGACAGAAAGAAAGCCUGGAGAAAAGAGCAUUUGCUUCUAGUGAGCUAUCAAACGUGGAUGGUGGUGAUUAUACAACACCCUCUAAACCCUGGGAUGUAGCCCAAGAUAAAGAGAACACAUUCAUUCUUGGAGGAGUUUAUGGAGAACUCAAAACCUUUAGUAGUGAUGGGGAAUGGGCAGUCGUACCACCUAGUCACACAAAAGGAAGCCUGUUACAGUGUGCAGCUUCUGAUGUAGUGACAAUAGCUGGUACAGAUGUCUUUAUGACCCCAGGAAACAGUUUUGCCCCUGGGCACAGGCAGUUAUGGAAACCCUUCGUGUCAUUUGAACAGAAUGAUCAGCCGAAGAGUGGGGAAAAUGGAUUAAAUAAGGGAUUUUCUUUUAUCUUCCAUGAAGACUUACUAGGAGCUUGUAGCAACUUUCAAGUCGAAGAUCCUGGACUUGAAUACUCAUUUUCUUCCUUUGACUUAAGCAAUCCAUUUUCACAAGUUCUUCAUGUAGAAUGCUCAUUUGAACCUGAAGGGAUUGCAUCUUUCAGCCCCAGUUUUAAACCGAAAUCAAUUCUCUGUUCUGAUUCAGACAGUGAAGUGUUUCACCCCAGGAUAUGUGGUGUUGACAGAACACAAUACAGGGCUAUUCGGAUCUCUCCUCGGACUCACUUUCGCCCAAUUUCUGCAUCCGAACUGUCCCCAGGAGGAGGAAGCGAGUCAGAGUUUGAAUCUGAGAAAGAUGAAGCAAAUAUUCCCAUUCCUUCUCAAGUUGAUAUAUUUGAAGAUCCGCAGGCAGAUCUCAAACCUCUGGAGGAAGAUGCAGAGAAAGAAGGCCAUUACUAUGGAAAAUCAGAGCUUGAGUCUGGAAAAUUCCUUCCCAGGUUAAAAAAAUCUGGGAUGGAAAAGAGUGCUCAGACAUCAUUGGAUUCCCAGGAGGAAUCAACUGGGAUUCUGUCAGUAGGAAAGCAAAAUCAGUGUUUGGAAUGUAGCAUGAAUGAGUCCCUGGAAAUAGAUUUAGAAAGCUCAGAAGCAAAUUGUAAAAUAAUGGCACAAUGUGAGGAAGAAAUUAAUAAUUUUUGUGGUUGCAAAGCAGGUUGUCAGUUUCCUGCUUAUGAAGAUAAUCCAGUUUCUUCGGGACAGCUGGAAGAGAUUGGGAAGAAAGAAAAAGAGGAAAGAAGCAAGAUUCUACAUCAUACCACUACCAUAUUCCUUCGCUUUCUAUUCCCUGUAUUAAACACUGAUAUACAAGGAAUGAAUAGAAGCCAAGAAAAACAGACCUGGUGGGAAAAAGCCUUGUACUCUCCUCUCUUUCCUGCAUCAGAGUGUGAAGAGCUGGGGUUAUUCUCAUGAACCUCAACUAGUAACUUGGAGUUCUUGGAGCCAUCAGAGAGAACAGAAGGUUGUGGAGAAUCUUCCAUGUGGCCAAUGCAGCUGUAGGAAGCAGCCCAGCAGGGCCCAGAUGGCCUUACCCUUGGCACAGCCUCGCCACCCUGUGCCAGUGUAGAAGGGCACAGCAGUCACUUGUGCCUACCUUGUCCUUUGGGGUUUUGUGCCAGGGGUAGGCAUGUCAUCUCGUUGAACUACCUUGUGAUAACUCAAUGGCAAAGAAUCGGGGAGGUGACCUGGUUUUGAGGAAGUAGAUGCUCGAGGGUGUUAAAGGACUUAAUGUCAGAGCCGGAAUCCAGAACCCUGGCCAGGUUCCUCCUCCUCAGCACUGUGCCUCUGCCCCAGCUGCAUUCCUCAUGGAGUUAAGGGGAAGAAGAGGCUGUUCCAGAUGAAGACCAGCAGCUCUCAGUGCAUUAGAAUUGCUUGGGAGCCAUUCUGCUUUUCAGAAAGUGCCCAGCCCUUGCCCAGGAUAGUUCAUUUGGAAUCUCUGGCAGGAGUCUAAGCCUCUCUAAAGCCCUCUGCUUCCCCACCCCAGUCCCGGAUGAUGAGCAUAUGCAGCCAGGGUUGAGAACCACUGAGCUCGUUGGAUUUAUUUGAUUUCUUCUCAUCCUGGUUUCCUUCCCAUUUUGUGGGCCAUUUGCCUAGUGGAAUCACUAGCGCCAUUUCUUUUCCCUGUUCCAUAGACAUGAUACCUAGUUGAGUAUGUUGUUGAGUUGAGGAAGAACGCACAAGAACGUGCCCCUGUGUAGUUUCUCCGUUGCAUUUCCUCCUGUCUGAACUUCCUCUGUCCUCUGUUCUGUGAACGUGUCGCAGUGCACCAUCUGUCUCCUCCACUCAUUGGUUGUGGACAGCAGGGGCCCUGUUGGUCUCUCCUGUGUUCCCAUAGCCAGUCACAUGCUAGGUGUGAAUAUAAGCUUCUCCGCUGAAUGUCUCAUGGUAGAAUAACAGGAUGUAUGGUUAUGCUGGCCUAUUUCUUUUUUAACUCACUAAACUAAGAAUUUUUUGUCAGCGUAGCAUUUUUUUCUCUUAUGCACCUGCGUGGCUGUGCUUUUAGUGAUGACUUAAAAUCUCCGAAGGGUUGGGAGACCUAACUGAUCUAACUUUUUAGUGAAAAGUGAAACAAGAAUGUGUGUUUCAUAACUGUGUCUUAAUGGAAUUUCCCCCUUUCCCUCUUUUCCCUUCUCCAUUCAAAAU